AUGGCGAUAGCGGAAGCGUACCAAGGGCGCAAACCUGCGUCGUCUCUCCGAGAGGAAGAGGAAGAACGCAUCAAAAACAAUUCCGGAAUGAACGGGACGGAUUUCCAUAAUCUGAUGUUCGACGCGUAUUCGAACAACUCUCAAACGAUUCGAAACGUCGCUCUCUUGGCGUUGUACACGAUUGUGGUGUUAUCGAUCGGGGCGAUCGCGUUUACACCUUCUUCUCCGGUUUUGAAGGAAAGAGGCGUGAGCAAGUUUAGCGACGGGAUAACGAAAGUGUACACGAGCGAUUUGACGGGGAACCGCUUCGCGGGGGUGAAUGACCAAAAGAAUCAGUGCUCGCGAGAUUUAGCGCUGCACAUGUUGAGAGAAGCGUAUUUUAAACGGCAAGAAGCGGACGCGCGGUUACCGAAAGUGAGCAUGGACGAUAAAGGUAGAUGGGGCGCGCUGAAGGAGAAGCAGAAGAAAGCGCACGCGGAGUUACAAGGGAAACAGGACUGCGUGGCGUAUUUGAUGCCCGACGUGAACGACGCGUUUAGCGCCGAUUUGGAAGCCGGGUUGACGAUCGAUGGGAAGCAGAUGAGAAGGGAGCAAGAGAAGAUGCAACCGAUUAGGGAUUCGUUGAGGCGUGAUGGGAGAGAAGGGUUUGAGGAUCAGAGGUACACGCAAAGCAUUAGGAACGCGUUGAUUAAGGAGAAGACGUGGGAUCCGUUUGGGAGAGAUUUGAAAACCGGCGACGAGUUGUUCACGGGCGAGUUCGAUAACAACGUUCCCGGACAGUAUUGA